AACGUAUGUUAUUCGGCAAAUCUUUGUUUACAAAAAUAUAAUGUGUAAAAAUAAAACCUCGGCAUUAAUUUUAUUCUCGCUCGUCUCGUUAGAAUAAAACUUAAAUCGUGCCUUUCAACAUAAAUACGAACAUUUUAAUAUAAUAAAAAACUUGUACAUUCCAUCAUUUGAGCAAAUUUCAUUAAUAUAAUGUCGGACUCGGAUAGCAAAAAUUCUCCGGUACAAAUUAAAGAAGAAGUUGAUGAUGAUGAACCUAAACUAAUGAGUUUAGAGAAACUGGACAGAGGAUCGCCAGAAAUGUGGCCAGCAAAAGGCUCCCCCACCAACGAUUACAAUACGCCCAAUUUGAAUUUUUCUCCCCCGGCAUGGACCAAAGGUUUGACCCAGGAUGAUAUCAAUUCCAUGUAUCAAUUGGGAGCUUUGUCGUCCAAAGGUAUAAUAGCUGAGGUAAAGAAACUGUACGACCAGGCCUACCAGCUGGGCGUGCAAGAGGCGAAAGAAAUGACGCGGGGUAAAUAUUUGAAUAUCUUCACCAGUAAUCGGAAGAAGUCAUAGUGAAACGGUACUUGAUUGUCUUUAGUUAGUUUUAAUAUGAGUAGGCUUAGAUAAUUGUGGGGUAAAUAAAAAAAUAGAUUCCUUUUCGAAUUUUCAUUAAAGAAAAAAUAAAUAUGUUUAUAAGAAUAAGUAA